UACUCUUAUCAAACAACUAUUUGUAGACCCGUCAAUUUAGCAUUCUGGGUUAGUUGCGUGUUGAACGCGAACGUAGAAGGAUGUUUUUGUGAAAUAUAAUCGGAGUGGUGAAAAGAAAGAUACGGCAGACACGGAUUACUACAAACCAACAUAAAAGUCGUUUAAAACGUUAGCACACUCGCAAAAAAAGAGAUAGAAAGAAUAAACUAUAAACCAAUGCUACAACCCCUCGUCCCAUAGUAAUGCUCCAACAACCCCCAAAAGCAAAAACAACAUUAAUGUGGAUUACUAUUACAACUCAAAAGAUACGAAAUCAGAAACACCAGCACACACACAACACAUUCAUCGCUAAGCAACGGUUGGAAGUUUAAUGUUUUUCGUUUAUUUUGUUGUUUACUGUUUUGUGGAACAAAGCGAACACGCACAACUUUUUGAUUUGAUUGAUUGUUGUUGAAUCGGCAAAGAAACAAAAGUGAAAAAGUUGAGCAGUAGACAAAAAAAAAACAAAGAAAAUCUCUGCUAGAAUUUAAGAAAAAUUGCUUAAGCGAAAAAAGUGAAAAUUAUUUAACAUUUGCCUGUUAUGCUCAAAAUGAAUUAUAAGUUUGUUGGCAUAAAAAGAAUUCAGCGACCACAACAACAAGAAGUGAAAAAGAAAAAUUUCUUAAGAAUUUAUAAAGAAGAACAAACGAAACGAACCCCCAGCAGCAGAAAGCAACAGCAACAACAAACUAAACAAUUUCCUCAUCUUCAAUCAAAUCAUCAUUAGCGGCGGCGCCCCAACAACAAUAAGAACAACAACAGUGCAAGUGCAACAACACUCAAAGGCAAAAAAAUCGAAAAGCCAAAUAUCUCGCCAAAUAACCAGGCCAACAAAGUGAACGAACAAACAAACGUAAGAGAGAACAAGUGAAUAAGCUCAACAUAAACAUACACACACACACACAACUUCACACAAAAAGUGUUAAAACUAAAGUUUACCCCCAUUGAGAGGGAAAGAAAAACAAAAACAAGAAAACAUAAAAAUAAAACAAAACAAACCCCACCACAGAACAUAUAAUUUGGGCUUACAGCCGUUUUCGCCUCGGUCAGCAACAGCAGCAGCCGGCCAGUCAGCCAGCUUUGUGAAGUUGGUCACAACAAGUCUGGAUUACCCACCACCACCACGCACAACUUCGAACAGCAGCUGUUUCAAUAUAUUUCGCUUUGAAGCUACUCAGAGAGUAAGAGAGAGAGACAGAGACAAGGAAACAAGUGGACUACAACUCCUUAAAACAACUGACUUUGUUUUAAAUACUAAAAUAUAAGAAAAAAAAGACUUGCAUUAAUUGAAAAGAGAAAACAUGGCGUCCAAUGCCGUUGAACAAAGCCAGCAAUCAAACUCAUUGGAUUCCACCUUUGAAUCGAUUAUCAUAGACAUUCCACAAUCUAUAACAUUCUCAUCGGCAUCAUCGUCCUCGUAUGAUACUGAUAGCAGUGUAAACAGUGCCACCUGCUGCACCAAGCACUCGGAACACAUUUACAUGCAGAAGGCGCCACAGCACCAGCACAAACUGGCCCUUGAAUUGGCCGCCGCAUCAGCAGCCUCAGACAUGGAAGCGGUUUAUUUCAAAGCCGAUCAUCAUCGCAAAAGUUGGCCCAUAUUCAUUUUAAUGAUUUCACUUCUAGAAAUCGCCGUCUUUGUUUACGACAUUAUGACAGUGCGCAAAGACGCAACGGUCAAAUCCCUAGAUUUGCCCUUGGCCAUACCCACAGAUUCGGUGUUCAUCUAUCGACCAGAUCGCCGCCUUCAGGUGUGGCGUUUCAUCUCCUAUAUGUUUUUGCAUGCCAACUGGUUCCAUUUGGGCUUCAAUGUGGUUAUCCAGCUAUUCUAUGGCAUACCCCUGGAAGUGAUGCAUGGCUCCAUACGGGUGGCCAUCAUCUAUUUUGCCGGUGUAUUUGCCGGCUCUCUGGGGACCAGUGUAGUGGACUCUGAGGUGUAUUUGGUGGGCGCCAGCGGUGGUGUAUAUGCCCUAUUGGCAGCACAUUUGGCCAAUAUUACUCUGAACUAUGGUCAAAUGAAAUAUGCCGUAGCCCAAUUGGUGUCGGUGGUGAUAUUUGUAUUUUGCGAUCUGGGAUAUGCAUUCUAUACACAAUAUCUGGCCAUCGGCGAGAGCAGCAGCAGCAACAGCAAUGAGGCGCCUCCCGUCUCGUAUAUUGCCCAUUUGACCGGUGCUCUGGCUGGUCUGACCAUUGGUCUCUUGGUGCUUAAGAAUUUCGAGCAUCGCUCCUAUGAAAAUCUCAUUUGGUGGCUAGCACUCGGAAUCUACUGUGCAUUCACCGUGUUCGCUAUAGUCUUCAAUCUGAUCAACACGGUGACCGCUCAACUCAUGGAAGAACAAAGUGAAGUUAUUACACAGCAUUUGCUACACGAUUUGGGCGUUUCAUAAAUACUCACACAUACAACGACAACAACAACACUAAACUAAAUUCAUCUAUUUAAGCGCUCUAAGGAAAAAGUCCUAUCAUUUAUCCCGUUCGAUAGAUUCUUUCAUUUAUUUUUGUAUGUACUCGCAUUGCAUUGCCCCUUCUCCUCCCUGCCCUGCCCUGCCCCUCAUUCAAUUUACAAGUAUUUAUAAAUUUUCGUUUUGCCUUUUAAAAAUGCAAGCGAAAAAUGGCCCCCUCUUUCCCUUUAGCCCCUCAAGAAGAAAAAGGAAAAAUAAUUAUGAAAGAAUUGUGUAAACAAAUGUUGUGAUAAUACCAAAGACUGAAUUUACUUCAUAAAAAGAAACAAAAAACAAACUCUAAUUAUUAAUUAAAACUAAAAACAAAAGCAAACUCACAAAGUAUGAAAAUAAUUUAUUGUAAUUUAUACAUUUGUACAUUAAACAAAAAAAAAAAACAAGAAGACCACAAACAUCAAUGCAUCAUUUUGUUUUGUUAAUCAUAUAUGUUUUAUAAUUUAUUUAUUUAAUUAACCUAACACAACGACAACAAACUCUCAAGCCUUGCAUUAAUAAACCCAAUCUAAAGAAAGCAAAGAAAUUUUGAA